UAUACCGUUUAGGUGUCAGGCUUCGCGCGGAUAUUCUGGCCAAGCGUUUUCUCAGAUGAGACCAGUGCUUUUAUAUUUUUGACUGUGAUUGGCCCUGGAUCGUUUUGUGUGUCUGUGUAUAUCGCGCGGAAAACGUGGAAAAGCGAACUCUUUGGACGGAAAUCUAAACAUAAAAGCUGGACGGUGUGAAGGUUCAUUGGAUCGUGCCGGAUUUUUUAUUCUGCGUCGUUCCGGUGAUUUAGUUUCUGUGCUGUGAUAAGUCGAACUUUUUUUUUUGGAAAACACUGUUGUGCAGUUUUUUAAUUUUUGUUCUUGAGUGGCAAUGCUGUAAAUUUUUAUCCAGAAAAUAAAAGGGGUCCUUAAAUUGACUUUAUUAUCUGGAGCAUUUCUCCGGCGAGACUCAGAAGGCUCAACCUCGUGCAGUACCGUCCUUUUAUGGUUGGAACGAAGCGGUGGACCAGUUCUACCGCUAAACCUUGUUCCCAAUGCGUUUCGACAGCACACUCGACGCACCCGAAGCCGUAAAGAAAAUGGCAUACCAUCCGUUCUUGCAGCUGCCCAGGCAAACGGACUUUAGUGUAUCGUCGUUACUCACAGCAGCCAACAACAACUCUCCUGGAGCGGCAUCCACCUCACCCACCGGACCUGGUGCCGCCGGAGCUUUUUUUCCCUCGUUGCUCGCACAACAAGCGGCGGCAGCCGCUCCACACGGUUGCUAUCCCGGAACAUUGAUCCCGAAAAUCCCGCAUCCUCAUCACGCAUUACCGGGACAUCCCUAUACUACGGCUGAGGACGUUCUUUUGCAGGCGGUCCAUAAUCACCACUCUGCAAUGGUAAGACCUUUACGUGCAAUCCAACCGGAAGACGAUGGCGUUGUGGACGAUCCCAAAGUAACAUUAGAAGGAAAAGAUUUAUGGGAAAAGUUCCAUAAGUUAGGAACCGAGAUGGUUAUUACGAAAAGUGGAAGGCGCAUGUUUCCUGCUUAUAAAGUACGGGUAUCGGGCUUAGACAAAAAAUCCAAAUAUAUACUACUGAUGGACAUCGUGGCGGCCGAUGACUGCCGAUAUAAAUUUCACAACAGUCGAUGGAUGGUAGCAGGCAAAGCCGACCCAGAAAUGCCUAAAAGAAUGUACAUACACCCGGAUUCACCCUCAACUGGUGAACAAUGGAUGCAGAAAGUAGUCAGCUUUCACAAACUGAAGUUGACCAAUAAUAUCUCGGAUAAACAUGGAUUUUUAAAAGACAAGUCCAUUGAUUUUCUGACGAUACUCAACUCAAUGCACAAAUACCAGCCAAGGUUUCACUUAGUCCGAGCGAACGACAUCUUAAAGUUGCCUUACUCGACGUUUCGGACUUACGUCUUCAAGGAGACUGAGUUUAUUGCCGUGACAGCUUACCAAAAUGAGAAGAUAACUCAACUUAAAAUCGACAAUAACCCAUUUGCCAAAGGAUUCAGGGAUACAGGCGCAGGAAAACGAGAAAAGAAUUACAGACAAGCGAUGUUGGCGCAACGGCAUACAGACGAUAAAAUUUCCCAUCCGUUACCUGCGCGCAUGUCUGCUGAUAGUAGCACAGUCUCAAAGACAGACGAUGGCGAGUUAGACGUGGUGGGGACAGCAGAUAGUCCGCGGCCGAGUUUGAAUCCUAGUACGCCCAUAGCGUCUAGUCUCAAUCAUAGUGUUACCGAUGAUGACUCCAUUCGCAGACGCCUCCACGACGACAGCGGCUCAGAAUCAUCCUGUAGCGAAUCGCCUGGCAGUACAGCCUUCCGGCCACGCCCCACCUCCCCCAAAGACUCAACAGCUGGUCCUUCAAGCUCAAGUGGUGAAUACCCAUCACCGAACAUCUCAGUAGGUCCACCGAUACAUCCCCCACCCCAUUUACUCCCUUACUUUUACCCUCCCGGUCUUUAUCCUGGAGCGGCUGGUCCAAAUCCUUUCGCGCCAUCCUUGAACCUCUUUACUGGAGGACACUCUCCAGGAAUGAACCCUGGUCUUCUGUUUAAUGCUCAGCUAGCCCUCGCGGCCCAACACCCCGCCUUGUUUAGUCACUACCAGAACUUGGCGCACCCAAACCCUCACCAUUUGUCACCUACCUCACCCCUUCACAAUCAUUUGAAAGGAGGUCAUAGGUUUACUCCUUACACGCUUCCUACGAGUACCUCAGGUGGCGGAGUCGGUUCUUCGCCGCUCGGGAGCGCUUUUGAGACGGUUACUCCCGGUUCGCACACGCGCAGUUUAAGUAACUCACCAAACAGCACAAAGAUACGUGGAUCCUCACUAUCACCUCCAAUAAGGGCGAGCACGGUGUCCCCGAAACCGGAAACGGCCAGUUCGCCGAGUGACUUGAAAAAUAUCGAGAAAAUGGUGAACGGUUUAGAUGUGAAACAUACUAGCGAACUAAUCGGAGAUGCCAGUGAUAAAUAAUAGUAGAUGAAAAUGUAAACGGUUUUUUUUUCUGUAUUAGUGAGUUGUGAGCAGGAAGUGUACGAAUAGAGAUUUGUUACGGUACUUUUUUUGUGAGUAGUUUCGAGAAAAAAGUUGAAAUUUUCCCCGUUUGUUAAGGUUUUUUUUAUUGAAAAUAGUUUUGCUUGCACAUUAUAAUUGUUUUGGUUAAAUUUCAUAAAAGUAAGACCAAUGUACUUAAGUACAUAAGAACGAGGUACCUUCAUUUGUUUCUAAGAUAUAGGGUGAAAAGAAUUAUAUUAGUACUUAAAGGUGAUAUUAUAUUUUUUAAUAUGAGUUAUUAGAAAAAAAAACAAUAAUUAAUUUAAAAUACCCUAGUAGGUUAUGAAAAUAAAAAAAGAUAAUAAGUUCAAAAAAUUUAGAAUCUUGAGAAUAUAAUGGCAUUUUUAUGUAAUAUAUACUCGGUUUAAAACACAAAAUGUCUUAUUCCAAUAGAAGUACAAAAAAAAGUAAAUUAUUCUUACAAACCUUAUUUUGGAUUCAAUCAGUAAAAAAAAUCUUCAGAAAUAUUGGCAUUUUGGUGUAAGACUUUUAAAGAAAAAUAUCUUAAUUUUAUGUAUCCUCUUACCUGAAAGUUCGAAAAAUAACAGGAUUAGUUCUGAAACAAAAGGCAGGAUAUGUCCGAGAAUACUCUCUAUAAAUGUUGUUUACCAUCCAAACUAAUACGGUUAAAUUUAAAUUUUUAAAUAGUUGAAUUUUCUGUUAGUUUUUUGCACUAUUUGUCACCCAGUAUGUUAAAAUUGUACUAAAAAUGGCCAGAGGCCUCGCAUCACUAAUAAACUCCUGGUACUUCAGUUUAAUGGGUAAAAAAUGUGAUAAUUGAAGAAGUUGCUUGGUGGUUUGAGGCCUCUGGCUAUGCCAAGGGGUAUUUAGUAUAAAUUUUUUAAAAGAAUAAAUAUUUCUAUUAUUUCUGAGUCUAGAGUGUUUCUACGAAGUCUAUCACUUAGUUUUAUAUUGAAAUUGUACUAACUGUCUAACUUACAAGACUAAGUUUGGGUUAUAUCUCCAAGAAAAUGUCAUUCUUCUUUCCAUUAAGUCAAAAUACGCAAUUUUAGUAAAUUUACUGUUUACUCGAACUUAUACAGGACCUAAAAUAUGAUAUCCCUUUUAAUACUGAUUUUUUUACUCUAUAUAACAGAAACAAAAGCAAAGUUAGAGAUAAGUUUUAAUACACAAUUUCCUUUUUUUUCAAUGAGUACCCUAUUAAAUAAGAUAUCCGCGCACGUACACCAAAACACGGGAUACAGUAGACAGGGUGUCCCAUUUUUAGUAGUUUUGAGAGGUAUCUCCGCUAUUUUCAACGUUAGCGGGAUGCGUUUUUCGUGACAGUGUGCUACUUUUUCAUAAAACUAAAGAUGUCGUUAAUACAUAAUUUUUUUAGCCUUUUGAGUUUAUAAAAUACAGGGUAUUUUGAAAAAUGUUGCAUUUUGAAACCCUCCUCGUAUCACUAUUAUCUUUUAACUUAAGAAAACGAAAAACUAUCAGUCAAAUAGAUUUUUUUUGUAGAAUGCAGUGAUGUAGUUAAUUUUUGCUACAUAAUUACUAUUUUUGAGUUAUAAACCAAACUAAUGCUUUUUUACAUGAAAUAUCCUGUAUAUUUACAGAUAAUAAAAUUUGGCCUUUUUUUACCGUUUCAAAAAUAUACAAUAAUAUGCACUUUUUCUCAUAAACACACAAAUAAUUGAUCAUUUUCUAAAAUUAAAUGCAUAAUUUAAUAGUAAAUGACAAUAAAUAAGAUUAUAGUUACAUAUUACUAACGAAGAAUAUAAUACCUUUUUCUAUAAAAGCAUAACAUUUUCAAAAUACUUAAAGUGUUGCUUUUUUUUAACAGCAAGUUACUAAAAACAGUUUGGUAGCAUAAAGUAACAAUAUAACUAACACAAAAAAAUAACUUUGUUAAAAUCGUUAUCUGGAGAUCGUGGAGGCCAUCUAACAGGUUCGUUGGUAAGUACCCAUCUUUGAGGAAAGUUAUUAUCAAGAAAUGCCCUUAAGAUCCUAAAGUUAUGACUUAGGGCACCAUCUUCUCAACUCGAAACAAGUGCGUAAUGCGUGUUGUAGUUUGUCUAAUAUAAUGGUUUCAAUCACACAUUUAAAUUGGCGAAGCUAUUAUGAGUAAGUAAGCGAGAACUUGAUUGGUAUAGUUCUUGGACAUAGGGUUUUUUUUUUGUUGAAAGUGUCAAAAUCUCUUUAAUAUGAUUACUGGGACUUACUGAAGUUUGGUGACGAAAGAUCUUUAGAAAAAAAUAAAAUUCUUUCUCUAGUCAACUGAACUCCUCAGGAGAUCAAGUUAAAUGAAGAAAUCUUUGUUAAAGUGACUUACAAUCGAAAACUAAUAGAGUCUAACGUCUCGCAAACAUCACAGGCUCUAUAUUAUCAGCCCCUGUCCUUGAAACUCUGUUCACCCUGGGCCUUGCAAUUUAUUUUAUGAAGGACUAAGUAUAGGUUCUAUGUCCUUAAUGAACUACAGACCAUUUUAAAAUCUGCUCGCAAGUCAGAAAUGUCUUCUUCGUCUGAGCGUCAGUUUUUGGCAGACCAAUUUGUUUCUCAAUUGAAGAGCGGAAAUUAUAAAGGGCGUAAGUGUCAAAAAAAAGGUUUUGAGAUAAUAGAAAAAAACUAAAUAAAAGUCAGAGAACUUUUUUAAGUAAAGCUUUAUUAAGUAUUAUGCAUUUAAACUGAAACGGACCUAUUUCCUAACAAAAAUUUGCAAACUAAACUUCUUACUACAAAAUAAAAAUGUUUAAACAAGUAAAAUUAGGAAAAGGCCUAAGUGCCAUAACUGAUUUUGAGUAUAGAAAUAUUCAUAAAAUACAUUUUACUUCUGUUUUUGUUCUAAACCAUUGUCUUCAAUCUGAAGUAGCUGUUUAUAAAAACGUUGGUGUUUUGGAUUUUGAAGAUAAGGAAUCAUGCUUCGAAGAGAUACCUUUUUAUUUUCCGACGCCUUGCUUUCUGAUGGCAGCUUCAUUAUAUUAGCCUGUCUGAGUCCAGCUAAAGUUUUCCCUUUCUUCAAAACUUUAACUUGCAUCCCUUCUUCAAAAUCAGAAAAUGAAGUUUUUAUCUUAAUAAGUGUAGGAUUCGUAGCUUCGAUCGCUAUUACUGUAGCUUUACUGAUAUUUAACUUAAUAGUAUUAAUAUACUCAUCGGCCGCUUGUUUUAGGUCCCAAAAGCCGCGUGGAGUCAUGUCAACAACAUUAAAAGGUGAAGCGUACCUUGCUGAUUUUACUAUUGCUUGGAGGUCUGAGGGUACAAAUGCUUUAGAUACUUUCUUCCGUUUUUCUACUGAAGCAAAAUCUCUAUCGCAGGGCCUGAAACUAUGGCCACUUACAAGAAAUUUCUGUUCAAUAGUGUGGAAAACACCAUUGGCCACCAAAAAGAUCAAUGUAAACAAUAAAAUUCUAUUCUUAUUUUGGCCCUCGCAAUUAUCACACCAUAUUACCAAAUGAUCCUUAAGGGUCAAUCCACGAUUAACAAUGUAUAAAAGUCAUGAUGCAAUUUCGUUGGCUCCACGAGAAGCUACUUCCUCGUGCCACAUACACAUGUAGGCCUCAUUUGUAUCCCCAAUAUGAACUUCUAAGUUGUAGCAGGACAUCUGCGAAAGGUAAAACAUGUCGCUGUGUGUCAAUGAUGGAACAAACAUGACCUGCUGGAGAUCCAUGGAUAAACAACACUUUGUGCUUUCGGGAUCUUGAGACUCAAUCGUAUCUUGCUUUAAUAUCUCUCUUGCCCUUUCGAUGAUGGAUUUCCAGCUGAUCUUUUGCAGAUUGACUUGACUUAAUGUUGGCUUUAAUUUGACACUCUAGUUUGUCACAUGUGCUACACGUAUCAACUCGUGGUCUGUGGAAACUUAGGUUGGGAAAAUCCUUGAUGAAAACAGAUCUAUAAAAUUUGUAUUCAGAUGACGAUCAGCUUCAGAAAAUUUUGGAGCAGCAUGUCUGGUACGUUUAUAUAUACACCCAUUUUCUUCUUUUCAAUGAGGACCCGUACUUUUUUAUCGUUGACACCGAAUGUAUUCUGAAAUGUUUUCUUACAUACCCGUUCAAUUUUUCCUUGGCCAUUAGGAAGGGAGUAAUAUAUUGUUGCUUGACGUCUGCUAUUUGGCUCAUCCUCAUACGAACCAUGUUACCUUCUUUGAACAUCACAAACACUUAAGCACAUAAGCCCCAUUAGAAAAGUGCUUUGUGUUUUCAUAUUUUGUGCAUGGUACUUUUCAAAAAGAGAACGUCUUCUUUCGUGGGUAACACCUUUGCAGCUGAACUUACAUUUGCAUGUAAUCUACAAAAAAAUAAACAAAGUUAUAACCUGAAAAGAAAACAGUAGCUAUUUUCGCGGAGAUCAUCCCGAACCGGUGCUGAACACUAAGGCCUACCCUACACAUACAUUCACAAACCAACGUCAACACACAUACCAUUUUCAAAGUGUAAUUCCUGCCUUAGCGUUGAGAACCGGUUCGGAAUAAGCUCCGCGAAAAUAGAUAAUAAGUUUGUAUUCCAUACCUGCUGUUCUGGAUAGUUUUUUCAGUUUACUAUCUUCUUUUUAUAAGUUUUGUAUGACUUUCUACUUGUUUUUAAACGACUCUGUUCACUUCUAAAUGAACCACUGCCUUUACUUCUCCUUUUUCUUUGGGUUUUUUUUAUUAUAAUGUAUUUCAAAUCAAGAAAUUAUCACACACAACGUACACGUGCAAAUGUCUAGACAUAACUAAGGUAAUAAAUAUAUGGGACUUAGGACCUUUCUAAGGAAAAUGCUUGCGCACAUAAAACUAUCGACAUUUACGAGGGACUCUUAUAAAGGUAAAAAUGUAAUUUUGACACUUAGAACCUCUCAUAGGACAUAAAGCAUGGCACAUAGAACGUUUCUAUGUAAAAAAAAUGAAUUUCGGAAAAAAGGCCCUUUCUAAUUUUCACUCUUCAAUUUUUUUACAUAAAGACGAAGGUAUUGCUUCUAUACAUCCCAGAGCCUCUUUUAUUUCCCUCUUCUUCUUAUUGUCUGUUUUAGAACACAAGUGAAGAGAGGAUAGGUGCUCAACUAAAUAUGCUUUUAAACGAGCAAAUAUUUCUAAAAACGGCUGCCUUUUUUCGAGAUAUUUAACAAGCACAAAGCUAUAAUGGUAAUAGUAAUUUUCUCAAAAUUUUCAUUACUCUAUUUAAAAUAUACCACUCUAUCAUAUUUUUCGUAAUUUUCAUAUGCUGCCAUAACUCAAAAAUAGUAAAUAAUUAAUAAAUAUUAUCUACACCUCUAUAUUCUACGAAAAAAAUUAUAAAAAUACUAUUUUAACUUUUCGAUAAGUUGAAGAGAAACAGAUAUAUGAGAAAAGUCCCAAACAGUGCAACAUUUUCAAAAAUGCACUGCAUCUUAAGAACUAAAAGGACUAUAAAAGUUUUGUUCACGGCAUGUUUAGAAUUCGAAAAAGCAGCACACUGUCACAAAACCCGCAUCCCUUAAGCGUUAAAAACCACGAAGAUACCCCGCAAAAACCCCCAACAAUUUGUCCAUAACAAUUCUCGAGGCAAAGCUUUCAAAGUUUCUCUUAAAAAUUUCAACUAUUUUCUUUAAACUACAGAUUCCGGGAAUUGUAUGCAAUAUUAGUACUAAUAUGGCUCACUAACUGAGAGUUUUUGUUUGCAUGAUCCGCAUGUUAAGCGGUAACAAUCAAACCAUAAAAGUAAGGGAUUUAUUUACCAGUGAACAUGUUGCUACCUUAAGGAUGUAAAAUUCUAUGUAACUUUGCCGCCAUUAAUUCGUUUAUUUGAACAUAAAAAAUUGAUCGAUCGGUUUCACUGAGGAAAUUACAUAAAUCUAAUUGUUUCAAAGCUUUAAUAGAACAUUUUUAGUGCAAUAGUUUAUUAUUAUAAAUAAAAUUUUAGUUCUUUAAAAAAAUUAUCCUUCAGUGAAACUUGUCUAUAACCUCUAAGUGCUUUUCAUAAUUAUGGAAGUUAAGCUUAUUGCAAGAGUACAAACCUUUAUAAAAUAAAAAUAUAUUUAAGGAUAACCGUAAAAUCAUUUAUUAUUAGUAAUGAUACAAUAUGUAAUUAAUUUUUUUGGUGCUUUUACUACUUGUACAACGGCCUGUAUAAGCAUAUAUUAGGCUCUACAUCACAAUGUAGACCUGCAAGCGUAUCAUUGGCCAGAACCAUAUGUAUAAAGUUACUAAUACGUUUUAAUCUAAUGUAUGUGGAAUUUGAAUUUAGUGAAUGUUCCUUUUAUUUAAACAACUUGUAUAUUUAUUUAAUUUAAUACUUGUAACUGUGAACACCUAAUGUAUAUAUUUUUUAUUUUAUGUUUUU